GGCUCCGUGGCCGCUGGGAGGCUGCGGGGCAGGAUAAUGGCGGUUGGGGCGGACGGCGGCUGGCGGUUGGGAGCCGUGCGCGCGCCGGGCGCUGCGUCCUGAAACCGCCGUUAUGUACUCGGCGCUGCCGCCGCCGCCGCGACGGGACUUCAUCUCGGUGACGCUGAGCCCCGGGGAGGCGGCGGGGGCAGGCGGCUACAACAACAGCAAGGCCUGGAGGAGGCGCUCCUGCUGGAGGAAAUGGAAGCAGCUUUCUCGACUACAGCGGAGUGUAAUUCUCUUCCUGUUUGCCUUCUUGGCAGUCUGUGGAGUCAUUUCAUACACAAACAUGGGGGAACAGUGGAAAAGUCUAACGAACAAAUCCUCAGAAGAUCAGAACACAGAACUAGAAAUCCCUGGAUUGAAACCAGCAAAUCCAGCUGUUUUACCAGCACCGCAGAAAGCAGAUGCCAACUACCCAGAGCUUUCACCUCAGAAACAUUCAAAGCUGCUUCAUGUCCGACGUGGUCCUCCUAAUCUGCAGAUCAGACCUCCACAGAGAGAUGCAAGGGUAAAGGCCCAAGAUGUUGCUGGCAAGACUGAGGAAGAAGCUGGCCAGGCUGAUAAAGAAGAGAAAACAGAUAAGUCCAUUAUUAGUUGGAGAGGUGCAGUGAUAGAACCUGACCAAAGCACUGAACCUCCUUCCAGUAAAAUAAAGGAACCAGAAAAACCAUCAUCUGUGGAAGUGGAAGAUCAGAAAGAGCCAGUGCCCAUAAAUGAACGUCAGAUGGCUGUGCUAGAAGCAUUCCGCCAUGCAUGGAAAGGUUAUAAAGAGUUUGCCUGGGGACAUGAUGAACUGAAGCCUUUGUCCAAAUCCUACAGCGAGUGGUUUGGACUCGGUCUUACGUUAAUUGAUGCUUUGGAUACCAUGUGGAUUUUAGGCUUAAAAGAAGAGUUUGAAGAAGCAAAGAAAUGGGUGGCAACUGACUUACUGCUUGAUAAGAAUGUGGAUGUGAACCUCUUUGAGAGCACCAUUCGUAUUCUGGGGGGUUUGCUGAGCGCCUACCACUUAUCUGGAGAUAGCCUCUUCCUGGAAAAAGCUAAAGACAUUGGGAGCAGGCUUAUGCCAGCAUUCAACACACCAUCUAAGAUACCAUACUCAGAUGUAAACAUUGGCCGAGGCACUGCCCACCCACCUCGUUGGACGUCUGACAGCACCGUGGCAGAGGUGACCAGUAUUCAGCUGGAGUUUAGGGAGCUCUCUCGUCUCACUGGAGAUGAGAAAUUCCAGAAAGCAGUAGAUGCGGUGAUGAAGCAUGUACACUCUCUCUCAGGGAAGAAUGAUGGGCUGGUGCCCAUGUUCAUAAACACCAACAGUGGGCAGUUCACUCAUCUGGGUGUCUACACUCUGGGAGCCAGAGCUGACAGCUACUAUGAAUAUUUGCUCAAGCAAUGGAUCCAGGGUGGGAAGAAAGAAAAUGAACUGUUGGAAGAUUACAUGAGAGCUAUAGAGGGAGUGAAAAAGCAUCUACUUCGGACAUCACAACCCAAGAAGCUUACUUUUGUAGGUGAACUUGCUCACGGCCAUUUCAGUGCCAAGAUGGAUCAUCUAGUUUGCUUCUUGCCUGGGACGCUGGCUCUUGGCGCUCACAAUGGGCUGACUGCUGAUCACAUGGAGCUGGCCAAAGCCCUCAUAGAAACUUGUUACCAGAUGUAUGCUCAGGUAGAGACAGGCCUGAGCCCAGAGAUUGUACACUUCAAUCUCCAUGCACAAAAGGACCGCAAGGAUGUGGAGAUCAAGCCUGCAGAUAGGCACAACCUGCUGCGACCUGAAACUGUGGAAAGCCUGUUCUACCUGUACAGAUUCACGGGGGAUAAGAAAUACCAAGACUGGGGCUGGGAGAUCUUGCAGAACUUCAAUAAAUAUACACGGGUUCCUUCAGGUGGUUAUACUUCCAUUAACAACGUCCAGAACCCCAGUAACCCAGAGCCGAGAGAUAAGAUGGAAAGCUUCUUUCUUGGGGAAACGCUCAAGUAUAUGUUUCUGCUGUUUUCGGAUGACGUAGACCUAAUCAACCUUGACAAAUAUGUAUUUAACACAGAAGCUCACCCCCUUCCUAUCUGGGCACCAGCAUAGAAGUACUAUGUGAACCUUCAGCAGCGGGCUGUUACUUUGAGUCACUUUACUGUGCAGGGUUUGAACUGGGAUAGCAGAGAAUUGCUCUAUUUACCCUUUCUUGGUUUUUAAAAAAAUUGGAAAAGCAUCUCUGAUUUAGAGAAAUCUGUCAGUCUUAAAUCUCUGUGCUUUAGCUCGGGGAUGGACAACCUGUGCACACUAUACUGCUUUGCCUGGAUUUGAUGCAGACAUCAUGGUUGGGGAAGCAAUUGCAAUGUGGACCCUGAUGUUAAUAGGUUUCUGAGCAACCAGUGACUCACUCAUGCCAUUCUCUGUAGAUUUUGGUUAGAUUUCAGGACAGCAGCAAGUUGUCUUAUAGCACAGGAUUGUCUCUGGAGAGAAGGAUGUACUGAAAAGUUUUGACUCCAGCUCAUUCCAUGGUAUGAGCCUGUAAUAUCUCCAUGGGAUAUGGGAUGUGGAGUGGACAGAGAACUGUACCAUUGUCCCAGUAAAAAUGGGGAUGUCAGUAAUAUUGCUGACACUUUGAUCUCAUUCCAAAUCAAUGAGCUGUGCAGCAUUAUGUCUGAAGAGAGAAGUUAUGUUACAAAAACAUCUAUAGUACAGCAUCUGAAUUUAUUGAGCUGUGGCUAAAAUGAAUGAAUGGUGGCAAAUUGAGUACAGAACUUGCUGCUGAUUUAGUUCAAAGUGGUAUACAAUUUUGUAGAUGUAUUGCAAUUUUUUUUAACUUAUCUGCAGGAAUGCAGGAGACAAUGUGAAAAGCAAACAAUAUACAUACAUGCAUUUAUAUUUAUAUAUAUUUGCAUCAGUUAGACUCAGGUAUUCUGACUGAAAGCUGCUUUGCGAGGUUGAGCUACAGAAAAGCUGGUGAGCACAUUAGGUGUAAUUCAAACUCAACUUUCUCAGAUCUUGGAUUUUAAAAAUGUUAUGUUGGAUCAGUGAGGCUUGUUGUUGUACAGAGUAAUUCCUACUAUUUGUCUUACUAUGGAUUAACAAGGAGGGGUUUUCAAUUCUUUUUUCUUCUUCUUUGAAGUACCUUGCUUGAAAGUGUUAUGUUCCCCUGUAGAAUUAAAUGCAGAUGGUCUGAGGGUCUUCUGACAUGGAUUCAGAAUGUGGUCCUAGUGAGAGGGUCUUCCCUCUCACUAGUACUGCCAGUAGACUUGCUGAGAGCUGUUUGGGUGCUUUGAGGAGAAACUAGACCUACUAUC